GGUCGGCACGUGAUCGACGCGCGUGGCGGCUGAGUGCAGCUUGGUCUUGACGUCAGAACUGCCAAAAAUAAAAAUGUACGGCUCAAAGCGCGUGGCUGUCAGGGAUCUGAACCCCCACAUUUUAUGUGCACUGUGCGGGGGCUACCUCAUACAGGCGACGACUGUCAUCGAAUGUCUGCAUUCGUGUAAGUAGAAUAUUGUUUUUCUUUCGUUAUUUUUUUCCCCCUUUCGUUAAUUUUUUUUUUCUUUCAUGAUUUUUUUUUCUUUCGUAAUAACCUAUGACGUAUGUGUUAUCUAUUAUUUUUUGUUAUUUCCGAAGACAAGUAUUUAAAAAAAACACUAAAAAUCACACUUUACGUAGAGAUAAAUUUUACCACAAACCUAAAUAACACUAAUAACCUUCGUGGUGUUUAAAUUUGGUCUGGUAGGUAGCAUUUUCUGGUCAAACUAUUAGUGUAAUACAAUGAUUUCAAACUAAGAAAUGUGUAUACAUUUUUUUUUUAAAUGUUCUACAGCAAUAGUAAAUAUAUUUGUUAAAGGUCUGUUUGAAUAAUAAUAAAUCGCUCACAAAUUCAACAAUUUCAGAUAAUAUAUAUAUUUACAUGUCAUUGCAUUCAAGGCACACCUUGUUUCUCUAAAAUAGACUGCUUAAAAUAUUUAAAAAAUCUGUAGAGGAUACCUAUCUCUAUAGAUCUUUGUUAAAGUUGGCCACCCCACGAUAGUCUAUUUUUGUCAUUAUUAUAUUAACUACAAUUGCGUUAAAUAUAUAGCGUGCGCUGAAAUAUGAUGACAUUCUACUAACAUCAUUAAUGUCACAAAUAUAUUUGCUAUUUUACUGAACGAUGUAUGUUUCAUUGCUCCAGUCUGUCGGUCUUGCAUCGUCAACUUCCUGGAGACCAGCAAAGUGUGCCCUAUUUGUGACGCACAAAUCCACAAGACCAGGCCACUGCUCAACAUCAGGUACAUUGCCGAAUCUUGUCUGACCAUAAUAUAUCUCACCUUGCCCGACCAUAAUAUAUCUCACCUUGCCUGACCACAAUAGAUCUCACCUUGCCUGACCAUAAUUGAUCUCACCAUGUCUGACCAUUCUGUAACUCACAUUGUCUGACCAUUCAGUAUAUUGUAUUUUGCAAAGUGAAGUUAGAUGUUUAGAUCCUGUUCAGAAACUCCCUAUAUGUAAUGAGUCAGCUUUCGUUUAGCUUACUUCGCCUACAAGUUGAACUUAUCAUGCCCGCGAUCUGAUCUAAACGUGCUGGACAAAAUAUUAAGAUUAGCCUGACAGUAUACGAUUUCCUUAUGAAGACCUGGAAACUGGACACAGAAGGCAUCGUGACAUCAGUACUUUAAAAAGUCCCAUAUUAAAAACUGAAGGGUGACGUGAUUGGAACUAUUGUCCUCGAAUCACUUAGCAUAAACUCACAUAUAAAUAUGUUCAUUUGUUAUGUUAUAUUUAGUUAUAUGAAAAUGCACAUGUCAUUUCAACAACUCUUCAAUUCCAGGCCGGAUCAGACACUUCAAAGUCUUGUUUAUAAGCUGGUGCCUGGACUUUUUCAAGGUGAGGGUAGCUUAAACUAGAUUUCUUACUGACACUUCCUAUAUAGAAUGUGUCAACUAAAAAACAAAAAAUCUGAAAUCAGGAGAGCAGACACAGUCAGAAAUAACUGUAAAAAAUUAAUUGGCUCUAUAACAGACAUUAUUAUGCCGAGGGACACGUGUAUAGUCGGUUGAUUUGAAGACAUGUUUCCCAGACGUCGACCGACUGCCGGAAAUGUUAGAUUAUGGCGGGAGGGGAGUGGAGUUGACUUUCAAAAUACCCUGUGCCAGUGAUAGAACAUGUCAUUAUUGUAAACAUUUGCAACGACCGAGUAAUCCGUUAAUUGCAACAACAACAACAACAAAAAAAGGAAACAGUAAUAAUUAUUUUUUAAAAAAGAGAUCAUUACACACGCGCGCACACAUACACACACAUACACGCACACACAUAUACAAGCACACCACACACACAUUCAUACACACGUACACGCACCAAACAAACACACACAAGCACACAUACACACACAUGCACACACAAUCAAACACACACACACACCAUACACACACUAUCUAACACACACACAACAUGGAGGUAGAAUGAUCCCCGAUUGAAACCUCCGUAUGUAAUGUGUUAAAACAUCUGCAGUAUGGUAAGCCUUUUGUCGCCGCCACUAAGGUGGCGGCAGGGUUCGUCUGCACUCUCUAGAGCUGGAGCAGACAAUAAGUGGAGACAGGUGUUUGGCGGGCCAAGUUGUUUCUCUGGGUCUUUAUUUCGCCAUUCACAUAUUUUGAGUCUUAAAAUAUACGUGUGGCGUCCUUAACAUAGGGCGUACGCAAAGAGGGGGUUGGGGUGGAUUAGUUCAAUUGCUGACCCCCCGUCAGGGGGAAGAACUGUUUUGCCAGUUCCGAUCUUGGGGGGGGGGGGGGGGGGGAGGCUGCAAAGAAAUUUGCCGACGUCUGCAAGCUAACAUUAUUUUUUUUUACUAUACGCUUUAGUCCCACUGGGUAUAUUCCAGUAUGUUUAAUUUUUUUUAAAAUGCGUACGUCUUCACUGGCUGAUAUAUUUGGCAAAGUUGGGAAAUAAAUAUAAUUUUAAGCCACCAGGAAGUUAGUAAAAUAAAUUAAAAAAAUUUCAUGGUGGAAAAAUCACUCUAAAUAGUGUGUUGCAUUUCAUCCACAAAUGUAAACAAUGCGAGUUAAGGCUUUUAUUAUAUUUUUUUCUCAAAUUCUCAGGUCUGGUUGACUUUAUUCGAAUGAAGUAUAUUUAUCAUUUCUAUUUAGGAGUCUACAUCUAAUGACUCUUGGCUCCUAUAGAAAGUAUACAUUCUGGCAUUUCGCAAUGUAUAAUGCUGGAUGCGGACCACGUUGGGGGGGGGGGGGGGGGGGGGUUGUAAGACACAUCCAGAAAAGUGUGGACAAGGGGGAGGGGUGGGAAAGAGGCGCAUAUUUACGGACGUUCAAUGAGGAUGUAUUCGAGUGCCGUCGUGUUUAGCAGGACACAGCCAAUACAAGUGUGUCUGCUUCUAUUUUACAGGUAGCGGUAUUUUUAAUUAAUUACUGCAUUUGUUUCUUUCUCGCAGAUGAAAUGCGCCGAAGAAGAGAGUUCCACGCCACACUGUCUGAAAGU